CUACAUUCUCUCCCCACUACUUACACACUAUGCCUGGCGCAUCUACUAAGCCCACAUCCUUUUUAACCAGAUUCUCUGCUGGACAGGAAGGUGGCAUGAAGAUUGACCCCAUCAAAGCCAACGAACUUGCAGCAGAGCUCUCGCUGUCUCCACUUACUGACAUCGGAAGUGCCUCCCCUACCCGACUGGUGUUCAGCCCCAUCCAGCCUACCAUUCCAAUCCCUCCAACCCCCAACCCAUUCGCUUCCGAUCCCCCGCCUGCAGAUGCCGCCCCGCGCCCUGCGGUUCGACGAUCCACGCGCAACAGGUCCACCCGAAAUGAAGGCAAGGGAAAGGGUAACAGGGAAGAGUCGAACACUUCUGAUGCCGAGAACGACGCCGACACCCUCCCUCAUGCCAAACCCGUGCAUUUCUCUAUUUUCGACAUGCCCCUCAUCCAGCCAACUAGAUUGAGGAGUGGGAAGAAGAGAGAGAGAGAAGAGGAUAACGAAGGCAUGUCCAGCUCAAGGACCAACAAGAAGAGGAACGUCAGGCAGAAGAGGGGGACUACUCAACACACCAAUGCCGAAGCGUCUGGGUCUGGCUCUCAACUGGCCACCGACGUUGACACCUCCAAUUCGGGUGGCGCUCAGGAGGAGUAUAUCGGCGCCGGUACGACGAACAAUAGCGAAAGCCAAACCUUCAGCCCCGCUUUUGUCGAAGCUGCACCAUCAAUGAGUUCAUCGAGUGCUCGGACCACCCAACCAUCGCCAUCAACCAGCGCUACGGUUUCUCUACCUCUGCCAAACCAGCCUUCUGCGGAAAUUCAGAAUCGAAUCAAUGACAGGCUUGCAUGGCGGGGUCCUCCUCGUCUAAAGCUUCCGCGCGCACAGACACCUACCGGGGAAGCAAUCGCGUCGCAAGUUGACCUUCCUAGCCUCGAGGAGCUUGAAGUAGAAGAUCCAAUUCCUUUUGCACCUCCUCGCUAUCGGCGCAAGUUGGAGCUCUACCGAAAGCGUUGCUAG